UGUUGUGGGUUUCUUCGGUUUCCUCAAAUCGUCCUCGCAGGCGGGCGGAGCUACGCUCUGUGUUGAUCCAGCAGCGCCAUCUGCCCUGGACUGCUUCCGUGAAAUCUGAGCUUGCAAUUAAAAAAGAAACAAGAUGGUAGCAAAGAGGAUCCGCUCAGAGUACAUGAAGAAGUUCAAAGACCCCAAAUGGGAGACAUACACCAAGUGUUACGGGGAGAUGCUGGCCUACAGGCUGACUCGGAGGCUGCUGGAGCACACACACUACCCCUGGUUCUGGAGCGGCUCUGACAGCGAUUCAGACUCAGGGGGAAGGAGCUCAACUUCUCCCACCAGGAACCAGGUUGAAGCCGCUAGAGGAAGAUCUGAAGCUAAAACAAGGGAGGCUGAGGGGGUCAAAGCGGACAGACAUACUAUUCAGAAUAAGGAGCAGAUUAGGCCUGAUCAACAGCCUUCAGCACUCAGGUUGCAGUGUGAUGAUGCCAAGGAGUCAAAAACAGCACUUCAUGGAGAGGAAGAGGAGCAGAGAGUCGGCAGCAGAGCCAGUAAACAUUCAACUGCUCCAAUUGGAGACCAGGAGAAAGAGACCAGAAAAUCCCGACCUCGGCGAACAAAAUCCUCCAAAUCAACAAGACCAGCUCGGGUCUCCCGGCGCCCUGCAGCGUCACAGCACUCCAAAGAGGACCCUCAGGAAGACAGACAUCCUUUUGCUCUGUAUGGCUCAGGAGAAAAGGAUGCAGACAUCGCAGGCAGGAAGACUCACAACGUUGCUCCUGCGGCUUCAACUGCUGAGAUUCAUGAAUCGGCUCUGCGGGCUAAGACCAGGCGGCAGGUGGAGCGACAGAUCCAGUCCCAGGAAGCUGAACGUCGCAGGGCCAAGUCAGCCGAUCAGAACAAAGGCGGGAGAGUAGCCCAGCCUGCACUCAACCCAUGGAUCACAGAGUACAUGUACUGCUACUCCAGUCGCUUUCCAUAAAUGCAAGAAUUAAUCAUCUUUCUUUCAAUCCUUCAGGGUCCUCGGUGUGCAUGGUACCACUCACAUGUUCAGGAUGCAAAGUCAUUACUGAAUUUCAAUGUGUGGCUCAUAAAGACACUAAACAGUAGAAACUAUUUAAAUCUAGAGUAAACUCAGAUGAUUCAUACAAGGUAAAGGAGACUCGUGAAAUCAACUUUUUUGGGGGGCAUAUUUAUGAUAAACUGAAGAUUUUAUGAAGUUUAAAUGAGUGGUUUAUAGUUUAUAUAGAAUCUUACAGUCAUACUUUGAUAAAGAAAGAGCGUUCAUAUACAUAUCUCAACCUAGACUGAUGUUAGAACCUCAAUGAAGGGAACAGAAACCUGUCUUAUCGUGUGUUUAUUACAAGCUGUAUGGGUAGGGCUGCAUGUAUCCUUUGACUCUAUUGCUGCAUGUAUUUUG